UCCGACAACCACUCUGUAAAUCUCCGACGAGCUUGUCGGAGAUUUACGGAGAUAGCCGAGUAUCUAGAUCACCUCGGCUCUUGACUGCAAUACGUAUUCCAAGUAUAUUCAUGAUCAAGACAAGUUUUGAAUAGUGAAAGUAGAAAUUUGUGAAGGUUGUUUACUGUUUUGGUUUUGGGUAUUUUGAUCUGCUUAAAUCUUUAAAUCAAGUAAAAAUUUUCAUUUGACACUGAAGUGUUUGUCGGACAUCGUUGUGCUCUUGAUGGGUAGCUUUUAAUGAUGAUGUAUCAGAGGAUUUACGCUGCAAUCGUGAUUACAACAGUGAGAACUUGAAUGUAAACACAAAGGAAAUGCACAGGUGACAUUGAAUCAUAACAAGUGGCAUUGAAUGUGCCCUGUGUCAUUAUCAUAACAGUUCAGAUCCGUAAGUACCUUAUCAUUACUCAUUUUGCUUCAGUUUGUAAAAUAACUAGACAGUAAUGACUAAUCUGUUUACAUGUACAGUGAUGUAUAUGUAAUCGAUUGUUGUCGACUGUACUAGGAAAAUCUUGUAUGAGAAAUGCCUGUCCCGAUCUAAGCGUUUGUGAAUAAGUUUUAUCACAUUAGCUUUAAAGUUUGUAAAUAUUCAUAAAGCUGUCAAUUCAAUUUCAUUUUGAAGUCUGCAAUUGAUAAUUCAGAUUUUGAUGUUAUAAACUUAUUGAUCAGCAAGAAAUAUAUACAAUUCAUUAUUUUUUUAUAUACAUUUUUAGCUCUGACAAUCAGAGGUGCAGAUUCAAGAUUGCAUGGAUGUUCUAAAUGAAAUUAGGACAGAAAUAUUUUCUGUGAGGAAUGUAUAAGACUCAGCAUCAUCCUAUGACAACACAACUGUGGGUCAUUAAAAUUUAAGUGGAUCUAACAAUGGUUAUAACAUAUCUAACGAUUGUUCUGCUGGAAUGUGUCCAUGGAGGAUAUCACAGACACUGAGACUGUUGGAGAAUAUUUGAUUAACUGUUUUUGAAUUUCUCAUCCCCUUUCAUGAAAGGAAUUGUACUCAACUGAACAAUGCAACUGUAUAUGUAGUUUACUGAAAAAUACUGAUAUGCAGAAAAAAAUAGUGUGUGUUAGUCAUUGUUUACAAACUCAUUCUUAGAUAAAGCUUGAACAUAUGACUGAUGAUUGUUUAAUUCAUUUCCUUCAGUGACUGAGAGCUUCACAAACUGCAAUUCCUCAAGGGAUUUUUUUAUUAUUCAGAAUGUACAAUUUUAAUCUAAUAGAAAAUAAUCAGGAUAAGUCUGACAGAAACAGGACAACUUUAAAUUCCUAUUUUUAAUAUAACCAAGAUGGACCCAAAAUUUGCUUUUAAAAUCAAAUCCCCCCUCCCACGACUUGGAAGGUGGGCAAUUUAUGGUAUAUAAACCCCAUUUUUGCAUUGCAAAUCUUCUUUAUGCCUUCAUCACAGAAUCUGAUAUUCAUGGAAAUGAAUGAAAUUAAUUGCUACAAAUUAAUUAGAAAAGUGCACUUUAUUAUACAUGUAUGUACUUAUGGAGAGAGUAUUGACACAAACCAAAAGACCAUCCAUAUUCAGUUGUUGGUUUUUUUUCCACUAAAGUUAGAUUAAUUGAGAAAGAAAGAAAUGGAAUGAAGGGGUCACGGGUGGUGUAAGUAGAUUAUGACCUAAGUAACAUAAUGUUUCUGGUACCUUUCAGCUUUAGUUGACACACAAAACAAAUUAGAAACAUUUAGUACAUAUGUAGCUCUGUUCAGAAUGUGGGUAGCUGAUAAAAAUCAAUGUCAAGAAAAUGUUGGGAAAAGCAUGCAUACCCAAUCAUUGAUAUAUGAAUAGUUACAUGUAGCUGCUACAGUUCUUAUUAAAUGUUUCCAUGGCAACAAAACAGUCAGAUUACCAAAAAUUAUAUAAGAGGACUUUUGGAAGUCAUCUCUGGUCAAAAUAGACCCAACUGAGUACAAGUAGGUAAAAUGCUUGUAGUUAAACUGAAUGUAAAUAAAACAAGACCUAAAUAACCAACACCAUGUCCCCAAAUGACAUUUAUCGUUAACUUCUUCUAGAUCCGCCACUGGUAUGUAUUCGCGGUCUCGGAUAUAUUUUGCAUGGUAUUGUUUUUAAGAAUCAUUGAAAACAUGAACUUCAUUCUACCCGAGAGGAUUAGUGGUUAUUGAAGAAGGAAAUUGACACUGUCAUUUUUAUUGUAGACCUUCGUAUGUGCGCCUUGUAACUUAGGGAUUUUUAUUGUAGAUAUUUGUAUGUACACCUUGUAACUCAGGGAUUUCAGCCUUGUCAUGUCUCUGACAAGGAGAGAUAUUGAGAGGAUCAUGUCCGUCUUUAUUGGUUUUCUGAGCAUGAUAACUGCGGGCUCCACGUAUGCAUUCGGAGCCUUUACUAACGCUGUCAAAUAUCAUUUCAACUACACUCAGUCAGAAGUUGAAUUCCUGAGUUCGAUGCCGAAUAUUGGAAUCUCAUUUGCAUUUCCUGCUGGAAUAAUCAUCGAAAAAUUGGGUCCUCGGUGGUCCACACUAGGGGGCGUGGUAUUCACCUCUGUGGGCUACGCCUUGUUGUAUACUACUACCACGCAACGACAAUUGUACCACUCAAAAGCCUGGCUCCAGUGUAUUUAUUUCUUCAUUGCAGGUUUUGGGGCCACCUUUUUCUACAUGACACCUCUAUCAAUAAACAUGGGAAAUUUUCAUCCAAAACACAGAGGUAAAAUAGUGGGAAUAAUGGAUGCCUCGUUUAGUGCCGGACCUGCUAUUUUUGCUGGACUUUACGGAGCUCUAUUCGUUCAGGGACACGUCACCGACGAAGACAAUCAAGAUCUUAAGGGAUUCUACCUCCUCAACAUUGUCUGUGCUCUGGUUGUCGGUUUUCUUGCUUUGAUAUUCGUUAAACGAAUAACGUACGAUUUAGAUAUUGAAGUCACCCGUGUCGUUAGCAGUAACGUGAACGGUGAUAAUGACGAGGAGGCCUCACUGUUAUCCAAAAAUAGUUUUCUUCGAGAAAUUACCGGAAUGAAAUUACUGACACGAUUCGACUUUCACUAUCUCUCCUGGGCAUGCUUUAUUUGCGCAGGUCUGCAGCUAAUGUUUCAAAACAAUUUAGGUACAUAUCUGAAAUCAUACGACCUGGAGAGCUAUACUACUCUUUUUACUAUACUCAACCCCAUUGCAGCUAUUUUCUCCAAAUUUUUCGCAGGUUUCGCGUCCGAUGCCAUCAUUCACUGGGUGCCUAGGUCAGCUGUCCUGCUAUCGUUUAACAUUGUACAAACCAUAGAUCUGGGAUUAUGCAUAUUUUACGCAAGUAACUUCACGUUAUUUCUUAUAACGGAUCUCGUGAUCGGAUUUGCCAACGGUGCUGUUUGGUGUUUAACUCCCACAAUGAUAAGCGAGUUUUAUGGAAUGAAAAAUUUCAGUAGAAAUUGGGGCUUCAUAAUGUUAGGAAACGCAGUCCUCGGGUUAAUACUGCAAGAAAUCUUCGGUGUAUUAUACGAUGUGAACACCGGGUCCAACAACCAAUGCUAUGGGCUGCAUUGUUUCACGUGGAGUUUCGUCAUCAUUGCAGUUUGUAGUUUUUGUGCAACGAUUUUGAAUAUCGGACUUUUACAGAAAAAGGUAGAUGAAAAGAAAUACGGAGAGGAAUGUCCAGUAGCUGAAAAAUGUUGUUUGUGAAGAGAGCUGUGAUAAACGUGAAAAUAUUAUACACAUUGAACUGAAGGCACUUGUUUAAUCUUUAAAAAUUAGUAUUUUAUGAUAUUUACAUAAAAAGUAUAAAUAUUUCAAUAUUAAAUUUUACAACUAUA